UUUGGAGGUCUUGUGACGGCGCAACAUUUAAACUUCAAAAUUGUGAUAAAAUUUACGGAGUAUAGUGAAAAGAUAAAAAUGUUUAUAAAAGAUUUUAUAUAAUUUUUAUUUACAAAUAAAUAGUAUUUAGUAAAAUCUAAAUCCUAAGUAUUUAAUAAUAUAAAAAAAAUGAGCAUCGACUUAAGCCAGCCCCGCUACGACCAAAGCUCGUACGCGGGACGAGCCAAACACUUCCUGCUUCUCACCAACCCCCUGAACGCUUUCGCCUCCACGGAGCAGCUCGAUGAGGCGAAAAAAGUUGUUACAGAAUUUAAGCGAAGUCGACGAAUGCCAGCCGGUUAUGAUUUGGACAAAUUGUGGGCGGCCAAGUACUUGUACGACAGUGCCUAUCACCCGGACACCGGCGAGAAAAUGUUCGUCCUCGGCAGAAUGGCUGCGCAGGCGCCGAUGAACACUAUCAUCACCGGGUGUAUGAUUACGUUUUAUAAGACGACUGCGGCGAUCGUGUUCUGGCAAUGGGUAAACCAAACCUUUAAUGCGCUCGUCAAUUACACGAACCGUGGAGGAGAUGCGCCCAUGAGCAUGACACACCUGCUAGGCUCUUACUGCGCAGCGUGCGGGGGAGCCCUCGGCACAGCUCUCUACCUCAACAGCAAAGUUAAGAACAUGAGCCCGAUCUACUCUCGCCUCGUGCCGUUCGCUGCCGUUUGCGGCGCCAACUUUAUCAACAUUCCUAUGAUGAGGAGCGGGGAGUUAAUGAACGGCACCCCGGUGUUCACGCCGGACGGUAAGAGAGUCGGGGAGUCGAAGGCCGCGGCGCGGUACGGAAUAAGCCUGGUCAUCGUUUCCAGGAUCUUCAUGGCACUGCCCGGAAUGACGGUGACCCCUAUCAUAACAAACAUAGCGACGCAGAGGGGUCUCUUUUGCCAUUACCCCAAGGGGGUGAUUCCGUUCCAGCUGUUCCUGGUAGGUUUGUGCGUGACCUUCGCGACUCCGCUGUGCUGUGCGAUCUUUGACCAACGCGCUUCCCUCGCCGUCGACAGCCUCGAUACAGAGCUGAAGGAUGCCGUAAAAAAGAAUCACCCCUACAUAACCCACGUCGUCUUCAAUAAGGGUCUGUAAACUCCACUCGCCGGGGCCCAUCGGUCCAUCCGAGAGAAGCCGUUUAAUAGUUAGGCAUAAAUGUUUUCGCGAUUGUAAACUUCAAAGACGCCAUUCCAAUUAAUUUAAUUUUAAUAUUUUUUAAUUUAAUUUUUACUUUCUACACAAUGUUUUAGAGAUUUUUAAAUAUUUUGCGUUAUAUUACUUUUAGCUCGACGUGUUAGGUUGUGAUAAAUUUUGUUGAUGUGAUCUGAUAGUGGUAGGAUUCCGUGAAAUUGUUAGAUUGAUUCAUUAAAUCUUCCCCGACCGGUUCAGACAUCAGCCAGAAGUCUUCCCAGAUUGCUUUUGAACGGAAGGGCUCACUAUAAACUACCACAAUGGCACCUUUCUCAUGUUCUUUGUCUAACAAUUGUAAUAAGGAAUGACGCUGUACUUAGUUUUAUUUAUUAGUUUUGACAGUUUGUUGACUUUGCUAUAAGAGUAUGUGAAUAUGUGAACGGGGAGAAAUUCCAACGACAAUAAUUAUAAAUUAAAAGUAGAAUAACUGUAAUGUGAACAAUUAAAUUUUUUUGAAACAGA